AUGCAAUCGGCUGGAUUCAGAUAUACGGGCGUCGGCGAUACAGUUCGGUGCGAUGCAUGCCAUGUUGAAAUAUCUGAUUGGACAGCAGCAAUGAAUCCAUUUACCAUUCAUGCAGAAAGAAGCCCCAAUUGUAGUUUUAUUCAAUCCAAGAAGUCUUUCUCUGCUGUCAUGUCCACCAUUUCUUCUCAAUCAUCGACAGUCAACUUCAUUGGAGCAAAAUUAGAAACGAGCGACGAAACAAAUCUAUCCAAACGACAAAAGAUUGAAGCUACACCUAAAGAUACGACUCGGAAUCUACUUGUUGAAGUUGAUACACUAAAACAAGCACGAAGGCGUUCAUUCUCACAUUGGCUACAAGAGAAAGCACCAUCUCGAGAUCAAAUGAUAGAAGCUGGAUUUUUCUAUUGUAAUGUCGGAGAUCGUGUCAUUUGUAUCUACUGCAAUCUUAUCUGUCAGCAAUGGAUAUGCUCUUCAGAUGAUCCUGGUGAAGUACACAAAACUCUCAGAUCUCAAUGUCCGUUCGUUAUGUCCAUGCUGAUACAAUGCGAAAAACAUUCUAUAUUGAUUGUCAACGAAUCAACUAAUAAUCGUGCGCCUAUAAUGAAUGGAGCGGCUGUUUCAGAUGCAUUUCGUUACAAUGAGAUUGUAUUGACAUCAGCUUGCCAUUCUGCGUAUACUGAAAUUCCAAAACGGCAGGCAUCGUUUGCUAAUUGGCCUAGCGAUCCGUCACCAUCGAUUGAAGAUCUCGUUCGUGCUGGAUUCUUCUACACUGGAAUCAAAACCAUCGUCACUUGUUUCUAUUGUAAUGGGUCUCUAAACAAUUGGGGUCCCAAUGACAAUCCGACCAUUGAACAUGCACGCUGGUAUCCACACUGUGCCUAUGCUAAACAACUCUGUGGUAAUGAGCUCUAUCGAAAGAUUCAAGAAUGUAACCGAGCGAAAAACAAACAGGUUGAACGUAAUGGAUCUGCAGAGAGAAAUGGUGUUAGUGGUGCCAGUAACAACAAUUCGCCUGGGAGCGAUUUCAAGCUGCAGAUAGCAGAUGAAAGCACUUUGUCACGUUUGGUCGCUGCUCGCUUAGAUUUGCCAAUAUCGCAGAGAUUACUCAAUCAAAACUUCAAAUUAUCAAUCAUCAAACGUUGUUGGGAAGAUCAACUGCGAUUGAAACGUAUUUAG